ACUUCCUCCGCUCCCUGUCCUCUCGGAUUUAUCCAUUUUUUUCCUCCUCCUCUGCCCCGCAGGACGCUGAGAUUCGAAAUCUUCACGCAAACUGAAAGCAGAGAAUAAAUAAACCAUCAACAUGUCGUCUCGACGUCUCCAGACGAAGCCAAUGAUUACGUGCAUUAAGACUUUCCUCGUCUCUUACAGCCUCAUAUUCUGGCUCACAGGCGUGAUCCUGCUGGGAGUUGGGGUGUGGGGGAAGGUGAACCUGGAGGCAUAUUUCUCCCUGGCUUCCGAGGAAUGCACCAAUGCACCAUAUGUCCUCAUUGGGACUGGAGCCUUCAUCAUUGUUUUUGGCCUGUUUGGCUGCUUUGCGACAUGUCGUGGCAGUCCAUGGAUGCUCAAACUGUAUGCCAUGUUUUUGAUCUUGGUCUUUCUGUCUGAGCUUGUGGCCGGCAUCUCGGGAUUUAUCUUCAGACAUGAGCUCCAAACCCAGCUGGGCCACACCUAUGAAAAUGCUGUGAAGCUCUACAACAAGAUUGACAGCAGCAGCUCUGCGGUCGACGCCAUCCAGAGAACUUUGCAUUGCUGUGGAGUGAAUAAUUACACAGACUGGAGUGAGACAGCUUACUUUGCAACACAUGGCAUCCCCGGUAGCUGCUGUAGAAGUGAUGCAGUGUGCACAGAUGAUAACUUGAGAGUCCUCGCCACGGCUGCGAACUUAGUGUACUCACAGGGAUGCUUCACAGUGAUGACCCAAACAGUGGAGGCCAACCUAGGAAUCAUCGCAGGGAUUUCCUUUGGGAUCUCUUGCUUCCAGAUCAUUGGGAUAUUCCUGGCCUGCUUCUUGUCUCGGUACAUAUCCAAGAACCAGUAUGAGAUGGUCUAACAUUUACCCUCCAAAGGUUAUCACCGGGCAGCUCCUGAUGAUGAAAAUGGAGUUAAAAGAAUAUCCUGGGAUUUUAAUAUUGUGUGUCUGUGUAUGCGUUAUCAUUUUAGCAAGGGAAAACAUUGUGCCCCCUCGUUUCGUGAAGGCAGUCUCACCGAUGACAAACAACCAGAAGGAAAUUACACCAUGGGAAAUUAAGCCUGUCAGUGUACUGAGACCAAAAAGAAAAGGGACCUGAACAUUUUGGAUAUUUGCGUUACUUCAGGGAUUUAAUUGUGCCAUGUCCAUCUACAUCUAAUGUUUCUUUGAGUUAAUUCCCACUACCAGUUUCUUGUAUCUUUGUGUAUUGCAGCUGCCUUAUUUUGUAAUGUUGCUGUAUUUCGGCAAAUGAAAUGUAGAUGAUAAGCUGAUAAAUGUUAAAUUCCUUUGAGCACUAAGUGAAUGUGUGUGUGUGAAGCCAGUCAAGCCUCAGAUAACUGACUAUACAGUAUGUCGCUACCCUUGGAUUGAGUUUUCUCAUCAGCAAGAAACUUGAGUAGUGUGCAAAUUAAGCCUUAAUAAGGAUUGUUUAGGCCAGUAUUGUUGAACACCAGCAUUCUGUCAUGUAGUUAUUCUUUAGUGGAUGCAUUUAAAAUAAAGAUGAAGAUACAUUAUCUUUAACAAAA